AUGUCAUCAAGUACAGAACUUGAAGAUGGCGCUGCAGUUUUGUGGAAAUUCUUGGCAACAUACUUGUCGCGAAGAAGGCCAGCCAAAUGCUCACUUUUUUUAAGUUUCCAACAAGGUUGCGUUUUUGCUGGUUUUCUAAUUAAUCGAGAUAGCCACAUUUGCAGUCAUUUGGUGACAAAUUCUAUUGAGUGUUUACAACGCAGAAACAAGAAAGCAACUUGUAGCUUGAUUAACAUAUCAGAUCAGUUGCUGGGCUCCUUGGGGAACUUGGUGAUUUCUUUUAGAUUUGGAAGUAUUUUGCUUGUCUUGGGAAAUCUGUUCUUGAAGCUUCACGUAACGUUCAAAGUCAUCAUCUUCAUGCCCACAACACUUCCCACAAUAUGCGCGUAA